UGUGCCGUUUUCACACACAGUUCUCCCUCCGUUCAGUGUAGAAGCAUCAGCUUGAGCUCUGAGAGGAUUUCUGUCGUCUUUAACUCUAUUCUCUGGUGGACUGCAUGAAAAUGAUGGAAACAUUAGUGACAUUCCUCCUCACUGGAUCUCUGAUACAAGGUGUUUUUUGUGGCUUUAAUAUCAAUCUGCCGAAGAAAGUAGAAGCUCUGAAUGGAUCCUGUGUUUUCAUCCCCUGCACAUUUGAUAUUGAUCUGAAAUAUAAAGAUGACCUCACUGACAGUGCAAAGAGAUUGUGGUUUAAAGACGAAAGUACAGCUGUGUUUAACUCCAGCAGCCCCAAAAAUGGACCAUUUAAAGGAGAAAUAUUUGGCACCGCUACACAGAAAAACUGCACCACACGCUUCGAUAAUGUUGAUCAGAGUCAUGUUGGGUCAUAUUACUUCAGACUUGAAGCCAAUGAUGCCCCAAAAAACGCAUCAUUGUCAGCGUUUCCCUCCAGCUCAGUGAUGGAGGGCAAUCCAGUGACUCUGAUCUGCAGCAGUGAUGCAAACCCAGCGGUGAACUACACCUGGUACAGAGACGCUGAAAGACCUCUGAAUCCAGUUCAGACCGGACCAAACCUGACCAUCAACAACACCGACCCGACACACAGUGGACGAUACUACUGUACAGCUGAGAACAAACACGGCACACAGAACUCAUCAGUGCUGCUGGACGUCCAAUGUCCAGUGCUAGUACACCUGACCAUCAACAACACCGACCCGACACACAGUGGACGAUACUACUGUACAGCUGGGAACAAACACGGCACACAGAACUCAUCAGUGCUGCUGGAUGUCCAGUAUGCCCCAAAAAACACAUCAUUGUCAGCGUUUCCCUCCAGCUCAGUGAUGGAGGGCGAUCCAGUGACUCUGAUCUGCAGCAAUGCCCCAAAAAACACAUCAUUGUCAGCGUUUCCCUCCAGCUCAGUGAUGGAGGGCGAUCCAGUGACUCUGAUCUGCAGCAGUGAUGCAAACCCAGCGGUGAACUACACCUGGUACAGAGACGCUGAAAGACCUCUGAAUACAGUUCAGACCGGAUCAAACCUGACCAUCAACAACACCGACCCGACACACAGCGGACGAUACUACUGUACAGCUGAGAACAAACACGGCACACAGAAUUCAUCAGUGCUGCUGGACGUCCAGUUUGCACCCAAAAUCUCCAGCUCUUGCAGCCGAAGCAGUGUAAUGGCGUGUGUCUGUGAGGCUCAUGGGAAUCCCUGCCCUACACUAGAGUGGCGUCUGUCCGGACAUGUGCUCGCUAACUCUACAGAAACCUCCAUCAGUGAGGAGACGUUAGGAAGCACAGGAGUGAAGAGCAUCCUGAACAUCCAUCAGUCCCUCACAGACACGGAUGUCCUGCAGUGUUUCAGCACAAACAAACACGGCAGCGGCAGCCAACAGUUUCAGGCCGUCCCACCACCACAAGGCACACUUCUCCCUCCGUUCAGUGUAGAAGCAUUAGCUAGAGCUCUGAGAGGAUUUCUGUCGUCUUCAACUCUAUUCUCUGAUAAGCAUGUCCUGUUUUUUAAAAUCUUUUGUAUUGUUCUGUAUUCUCAUGUAAAAAUCUUGAACUACACCUGGUACAGAGACACUGAAAGACCUCUGAAUCCAGUUCAGACCGGACCAAACCUGACCAUCAACAACACCGACCCGACACACAGCGGACGAUACUACUGUACAGCUGAGAACAAACACGGCACACAGAACUCAUCAGUGCUGCUGGACGUCCAGUUUGCACCCAAAAUCUCCAGCUCUUGCAGCCGAAGCAGUGUAAUGGCGUGUGUCUGUGAGGCUCAUGGGAAUCCCUGCCCUACACUAGAGUGGCGUCUGUCCGGACAUGUGCUCGCUAACUCUACAGAAACCUCCAUCAGUGAGGAGACGUUAGGAAGCACAGGAGUGAAGAGCAUCCUGAACAUCCAUCAGUCCCUCACAGACACGGACGUCCUGCAGUGUUUCAGCACAAACAAACACGGCAGCGGCAGCCAACAGUUUCAGGCCGUCCCACCACCACAACACGUACGUUUCCAUCAUCCGUCGGUGCUGCUCGGAGCUGCUGUCGGUGCGUCAGUGAUGAUGAUCGUGUGCAUCGUGAUGCUCUGCUAUGAACGAAGAAGGAAAGAAAAACCUUCACAAUCCAGACAAGACGACAGAUCUGGACUCAUUCUGACUCAAACAGCCGUUUCUCUGGAUAAUGACAGUGAGAUUGUUUACGCCAAUAAAGGCAUGCUGUCAUCCGCGGCACCGAGUGCACCUGAAUCUCUUCAUUAUUCCUCCAUCGACUUCACAAACGCUGACCCGCCGUCAGGAGAGAUCAGGGGCAUCGCCUCGCUGACCAGUGAAUACGCUGCGGUCCGACAGCGUCCUGCAGGAGCCGCAGACGCAGAGAACAACACCUCAACAAAUGAGACAGAGCCCAAAAAACCAGACAUGACAGCAAAGAUCACGGACACGUCCUCACCGGCAUCAGAAGACGUGAUUUAUGAAAACACGAGCCAUCGCUACAGACCGAAGGAAGUGCUGGUCAGCGCAGAUGAUGCUGAAAAACAAGACUGAACCAAAACCUUUGAAUCUUUGAGCACCGAUUUAAAAGAUCCUUCAUCCAAAAAUAACAAUUACAAACCUACAGAA